CUGAAGCGAAACAUAAUUUGCAGAGAUAGACAUUCUGUCAUUGUGCCAAGUCAUACCACGCAGUCGGAACUUUCUGGAUUGUUCCCGAACUCUGUCUAUAUUGUUGAGAUCCAUGCUUCUGUCGACUCUAGCGAAGGUGAACUCCAUGGAGAGAAAGGCAUCAUCUUUGUAAGAACACUGAACGCGACAACGUCAGAAAUCGUCCAGGAUCCUCCUAUCGAUCAGACCGGUUUUGAUCUAGCCGUGCCAACAUCUACCGACGAGGAAGAAGACGAGACCAUUGACGAAAAUGUGGAUAUACAAACACCGUUCUUUGACGGAGAGCUCCGGACAACAGUCAACUGGAUCAACUCUCGCGCUUGUUCCCCGGAAAAGAAAACCUUUGUGGUGAUGGCAAAGCGUGGUACUUGCCGAGAAUACCAAUUGAAUCAGCAUGUAGAUACACCAGUACAAGAACUUCGAGUGAAUGAAUGCUCUGCUGCAAUAGGAGGCUUG